GAGCACAAGAAGUGAUGACAGCAGCUUCUUUGGAAAGCACAGCUCCAGCCUUCUCAGGGAGAUGGGUGCCACAGCAAGAUGAUAUCAGCCCAGUACAUGCAGCAUCCACUGAUCGUGGAAGCCGGCACAUGGGCCUCCAGCGUAGCAGCCCACAUGGUGGUACUCCACGGCGAUCAAAACAAGCCGAGGACACUGCAGUACAGCUCCCUACACAAGAGUGUGCUGCGCCCGUGACCCGAACAACUUUGCCUCCUGGGCAUGCAACAUCUCAGAUGGAUCCACAAGUUUUUGCCUUCAUGGAAAGAAUACUGUGCGUCAUGAACAGCAUCAAGCUGACACAGCAGACGCAUACGCAGCUCUUAGUAGAGCUUAGGACGAACGUGGAGCUGCCGGGUACAAACUCGCAAGGCCUGCCUGACCUGCCAUUCAUGACGCUGCGUGAUCUUUUGGAGUGGGAUGAAGAGAUAAAAAAGAGCAAGGAAGCACAACUUCGAAUGAAGAAGCACAUGAUCGUCCAGGGUGGGGACAACGUUAAGGAAAAAACAACCAGCAUCCUGAAAAGCUUACUGACAUGGAAAGUGGCAAUGCAGAUCACCUGGUUUGGUACCAAAGGCAAGCGGAAGUUCAUUGAGCUCAACAUCUGCAAGCUCUUAUGCAGCACCCUGGUCGACUGUGAUGGCUCGGUCGCAGAGAAUGUCAAGCGAGCCACGCUGAAGGAUAUUGAGAAGGCCGGCAUGUCGUGGUUCCGCCAUGCAACAGAACGGGCAGCAGGAGAGGACAGAGCUUUGGCUGCAACAACGAGCCCAACAGCAGCUGAUGCUGGCACGGAUUAA